GGAGCACGAGCGGUUCUGGCACGCGAUUGGGUUGUUCUUCCCACUGCAAUUGAGACCAGAGCAGCAGGAGCGAUUCAAAGAAAAACGGAGAGAGAUGCCUGCGCAGAAGGUCGAGACCGAUCAUCAGGACACGGUUCAUGAUGUGAACAUGGAUUACUACGGGAAGCGCCUGGCCACGGCAUCAUCCGACGCAACGGUCAAGAUCAUCGGCGUCACAGCCACCUCCCAGCAACUCCUCGCCACCCUGAUGGGCCACCAGGGCCCGGUCUGGCAGGUUGCGUGGGCCCACCCCAAGUUCGGAUCCAUCCUCGCCUCAUGCUCCUACGACGGUCGCGUCAUCAUUUGGAAGGAAGGUUCCAACCCCAACGACUGGUCUCAGGCCCACGUCUUCACCGAUCACAAAUCCUCCGUCAAUUCCAUCUCCUGGGCCCCACACGACCUCGGCCUCUGCCUCGCCUGCGGCUCCUCCGACGGCAACAUCUCCGUCUUCACCGCCCGAUCCGACGGCUCCUGGGACGCCGCUCGGAUCGACCAGGCCCACCCCGUCGGCGUCACCUCCGUCUCCUGGGCCCCCGCAACCAGCCCCGGCGCCCUCUUCGGAUCCGGCCUCCUCGAUCCGCCCGUCCAGAAGCUCGUCUCUGGUGGAUGCGACAACACGUUGAAGGUGUGGAAGCUAUACAAUGGGAAUUGGAAGAUGGAUUGUUUCCCCGCCCUCCAAAAGCACGCAGACUGGGUGAGGGACGUGGCGUGGGCCCCAAAUCUUGGGCUUCCGAAGUCAACGAUCGCAAGUGCCUCGCAGGAUGGGACGGUCGUCAUAUGGACGGUGGCGAAGGAAGGGGACCGUUGGGAGGGGAAGGUGUUAAACGAUUUCAAGACACCGGUGUGGAGGGUGUCAUGGUCAUUGACUGGGAAUAUACUAGCAGUGGCGGACGGUAACAACAAUGUGACACUGUGGAAAGAGGCGGUGGAUGGCGAGUGGCAGCAGGUGACGACCGUCGAACCCUAGAUCGAGGAUCGCAUUUCAUAUCUGCUGAUCUACUAGCGGUUUCUUUCUUUCUUUCUCUUCUGAAUAUUUUUGUUACUAGUUUUUGAAUACUAAAUUCUGUUGAGAAUAUGAGUGAAAGAAUUUAGGGAUGGCGAUGAAGUUUUACAAUAUCAUCUUGGAAAAAUCUUAUUUAGUAUAUCUGAAUUUUGUUCCAUUUCAUUGCA